GGAAAGCAUCGCGGCCGGCGCCGCCGCCCGCCGGCGAGCAAGCCCAGCGCCGCCGGGGCUGGCUCCAGGCGCGGUGUAUUCCUCAGCCCACCUGCUUCCCUCGUCCCCGCUAUCGCCUGUGUCGCACUCGCACGGUCCCCUUCCGGCUGCUCCGGUGGUUUUGCACUGUUAGGGUUUGACGGGCCAUGGCGCCUCCCGUCAACACGUGGGAGGAGGAUGAGCUGGAGCUGGAAGAAGAGGAGGGUUUGUUAAGAACGCGAAAAAGGGCUAAGUUUUCAGAUUCCACUGUCCGACAGCAGCAGGGAGUUGAGGCCGCAGCUGCGGAGAAGGUGGCGGCGGGAGCCGCUGCGCUUUCGCUUGGAGUUUCCGCUAGCCAGGAGCCUGUUCAUGGGGGCAGUGGUCGUGUGGAGCAGAGGAAUGGUGGAGCAAAGCAUGCCAAUGGGGCUAUAGAUAAAGAAGCAGCAACAUUGGGACUGCGUAACAUCUGCUCAGCAACUCGCUGGAAGGAGCCAUCUUAUGAAUUUGAAGAACAAGGGCCUGCCCAUGAUAAACUGUUCACAUGCAAGGUGACUAUCCACGUGGACACAGUCACAAACACUAUUUUGGAGUGCAUCAGUGAACCUAAGCGUUACAAGAAAGCUGCCCAGGAACAUGCUGCUCAAGGGGCAUUGUGGUACCUUAAGAUCUUUGGACACGCGAAUUAAUCUUAGACAUUCUCCAGGCAGUAACCUAAACGAUCUCCAAGUAGCCGAGUGUUAACUUAUUGUUCCUUUUCCAUUCGUAUGAAUCUCAUCCAUUAGACUUUUCCAUUCAAUCUCAUCCAUGAGAAGGCCAGUGUUCUCUCUAUCUCAAUCCAAGGUUGGAUCUGUGUCUCCAUGAGUCCAUGUACAUAUCUGAAAAUUCUUGCUCUGUGUAGGUGGCACUUAUGUGUAAAUACUACUGCCUCCGUCUCUAAAUGUUUGAUGUCAUUGACUUUUUAUACACGUUUGAU